AUGACUGAGACUGAGAGCAAGUUACCUUCCACGGAGACUUCGGAAACUGUUGAAGAGGAGGACGUGGCUCCCACUUCACCUGAAAUUCAUUUUGACCCUAUCGUCAAAUUAGAUGAAAUUGAAGUGAAGACCUUUGAAGAGGAUGAAGACGUUCUAUUCAAAAUGCGUGCCAAAUUAUUUCGAUUUGAUAAACCUUUGAAAGAAUGGAAAGAACGUGGCACUGGGGAUGUGCGUUUUCUUCAACAUAAAGAAACAAAAAAGAUUCGUUUGGUAAUGCGACGAGAUAAAACUCAUAAAGUCUGUGCGAAUCAUUACAUUACCGACGCAAUGCAAUUAUCUCCUAAUGUUGGAUCCGAUCGAUCAUGGGUAUGGAACGUUUCUGCUGACAUUUCUGAUGGAGAAGCGAAACAAGAAACCUUAGCUAUCCGAUUUGCUAAUACCGAAAAUGCUAAUAUUUUCAAAGAAAAGUUUUCUGAAAUGCAAAAGUUAAACGCGGAAAUAUUUAAGAAGCCAGAAAAUAGUUCUGGUCCAGAAUUAUUAAUAUCAUGA